AUUUGAAAGGAGGUGGGCGAGGGUUUGAUUGUGACGUCGGUGGCCGUGGUCGCGGAGACGGACGAGAGGAGGGGCCGAAUAGAUGAGUGCCGGAGGGCGGUGUGGGUGCAAUGGGAGGUUGUUGAGCCGGGGUUCGGUCUGCGCUGGGGGCGAGAAGGGAAUAUGGCGGACUAGGGACGGAUUGCUGCGAUGACGAUGAUCAUGUCGGGAGCAGAAUGGACGCAAUCCUGCCAGUGUAGUUGACUUCACGGCGAAUUAUAGGGCUUUUUUGUCUCAGGUGAUUAAAUCGGUCGGAUUGGACGGUGCAGUCGUACAGGAUUCAGACAAUGGUGUAGCUGAUCACCCGUGGCAUCAGUCGAUCCCGAAUUUGCAAUUGCUCCAAGGCGUGCAUUUUGUAGACUUAAAUUAAUGCUUUGCUUGCAAGGUGAAAACAGUCCGGGACGCCGGAACGGGUGUUCGUGGUUGCUCUUUUUCUUGGUCAUGGAAGCCGGGUGUGGUGGCUCCGGGUGUUUCAGGUUUGGAUGACCUAUUUGGAAACCACGGAGCAGGCUAGGGAACCAGCUGCACAUAUGGUUACUUCCGCGAGUGAUCAGAUUAUCCUGUUGGGAUUUCAGUUUUACAUUUGCUUUCAACACCUCCCAUGUAUUCGAGAGCUCGCCUGAGAAAAAAUAUUCGUCAACUCUUCGUUUCUUGGACACUUCAGGGAGCAUCACUGUCAUCUCAGUUUACAUAGGCGGUGAUGUUAUCGAAGGAAUGAUCGAGUCCUCGCGAUGGACGAAUGCUCCGCCGUCGGGUGUUGUCCUGCCUGUGGACUAGGGUUGUCCAGGAAGCUUUGUUCAUGGAUGCCGGAAGACAUGCCAGGUUUUUCAUUUGCAAGCUGAGUUGGCGACGAGUUGGUUGGGAUAAUACCUUCAGUUGGCGGAACUGUGUGUUCUCAGCCCUUUCGUCGAACACUCAACGACAGUAGCAUAUGAUACCAGUGCUGAUGGACUAGAUUCCAUCGGCACGGUGACAAAUUUUAUGCUGUCUUGCGCAUAUUGUGGCUCUCCCUCUCCUAUCUCUUCCUGUUUUCCAGCUUGUGUGUGCAACCCUUUUCCGAAAAUGCCCUGGUGGGGGAAGUCCACCUCUAAGGAAGUCAGGAAAGGUAACAAGGAUGGUGGUUUAGAUGGUUCUCAACAUCGGUCGCAUCACGGGAGGAGACCUAAAUGUCUCGCGGAGGAAGAAAGUGGUGCAACCAGGACACCCCGGUACAGCUUAGAUGCAUCCUCGCAGGAACCUGGCUCGCCAUUUGCAGCGGGCUCAAGAUCCCCUUCCCCGUCCACGCCGUCCACGAGGUGUCCAAGCUUCAACGACAGGAAGCCUCAGGCCCAAGCACAACCAUUGCCAUUACCAUGCGCCCCGCUAGGAAGAACGUUUUCCGGUUCUGGUCUUACAUCGCAUCCUCAUCAGCAAACCCCAGUGCUACACCAUUAUACAUCUAUGCCUCUUCCUUCUACUGUACCAGAAUCAAAAAAUUUGCGCCUGGACCCUGGAGAGGCCGAUCAAGGAAUUUCAAAUUGUCCGUCAUGCUCAAAUUCCAGCGCGAGUUCACUUGGUAGCGUGGAGGUUGCAGAAGUUUGGCACAAUGCGACACCCCUUUCUCGCCUGAGACCAUAUCAUGACUUGGAAACACCGGAUCAACUGCGGCCCAAUGGAUCUUCGCUGGGUUCUAUGACUCCAAAGCAUAGCAGAAAGAACUCUAAGCAGGAACUUUCCCGACCCAGCAGUCCACUUCUAGGGGGCCACACUCCAUCUAGUUCACCCAAGAGAUGCUAUUCACCUCCAAAGAGAAGUCUAGCCCCGAUAAUCAUGGAUCCAACAUUACAUACUGUUCGCUUCCUACAGUCGAAUGGCAGCGCGCCUGAUAGCUCUAUGUCCAGCCCAGCGAGGAGUCCAAGGCGGGCGAGCAACUCUGAACAAGCAUAUGCUGUGAUGUGGGGUAGACCCGAGGGUCUUUCAGGUUCUGCACAAGGAUCCAGUCCAGGUUCAGGACACAAUUCAGGGCAUAAUUCUUCCGGCGGGGAUCCCAAUCAGAUGCUGUGGAAUCAAAGCAGGAGGAGUCCCGAAAGGUCGCCUAUACCAAGUCCGCGGCAAAGAAGCCCAGGUCCCAGCUCUAGGGGUCAAAGUGGUACAGUAUCUCCGCUACACCCUAGAGCAUUGGGUCCCGGAGCUCCAGAUUCGCCGACAAGUUGGCACGAAGAUGGGAAAACUUCUGCUCAUCCCUUACCAUUACCACCUCGAGCUCAUUCUGGAGGAUCUCCAUUAGCUUCUCCCUCAGUUUCUCCAGUUCCUUCUCCCACCGCAGGACGUUCAAGCAGAGGCGAUAACAUGUUGGGGAGUGUACCCACUCGAUGGCAAAAGGGGAAACUUUUAGGGAGUGGAACUUUUGGGAAUGUAUACGUGGGUUUCAAUAGCGAUAGUGGCUCCUUAUGUGCCAUGAAGGAGGUCCUUCUUGUAUCUGAUGAUUCCAAGUCGAAGGAGAGUGUGAAGCAAUUAGGACAGGAAAUCUCUCUACUUAGCAGGUUACGGCACCAGAACAUUGUACAGUACAUUGGGACUGAAACGUUGGAGGAUAGACUCUGUAUUUACCUCGAAUACGUAUCAGGAGGAUCAAUUCACAAACUUUUGCAAGAAUAUGGCCAGUUCAAAGAGCCAGUAAUUAGAAGCUUUACUCGGCAGAUUCUUUCUGGGUUGGCUUAUUUGCACAACAUGAACACUGUCCACAGAGACAUUAAGGGAGCAAACAUUCUGGUGGACACGCGCGGCAAUGUAAAACUUGCAGACUUUGGGAUGGCUAAACAUAUCACUGCUCAAUCUUUCCCACUGUCUUUCAAAGGAAGUCCGUAUUGGAUGGCGCCAGAAGUUAUUAAGCACACAAAUGGCUAUGACCUAGCAGUCGAUAUAUGGAGUUUAGGUUGUACUGUUCUUGAGAUGGCCACUGCCAAGCCACCGUGGAGUCAGUAUGAGGGAGUUGCAGCUAUGUUCAAGAUAGGUAACAGUAAGGAGCUUCCUACUAUACCGGACAGUCUAUCUUCGGAAGGGAGGGAUUUUGUGAAGCAGUGCUUGCAAAGAAAUCCAGCAGAGCGUCCCACAGCCCAGGCGCUAUUGGAUCAUCCAUUUGUCAGAAAUGCCCCUCAAGAUGACAGGUUUGAUGGGUAUGAUGUUAUGUCAACUGCAACGGCGGGUUUUAGAAAUCUGGGUGUUGGUAAUCGGCAUGAAAAUGAAGGUUCAUUUCCACCUCCUUUGGCUAGAACAAGGGCGCAACUUUCUCCGACAUCAAGUGAACAAUCUCCUCGUAACCCUCCACUUGCGUAUGGCCCAUCAACGUCGAAUUCCUUGAGUCCUACCAGCCAGUCACGGCGCAUUGUUUAUAACGGAUUAUCUUCUUUGAUUAUAACGGAUUAUCCCCAUAUGCAGCAGUCAGGGACGUCAACACCUCAUAAUGUAGGUUAUGGAAGCACUCACGGUAGUGCACAUGGCAGUGCACAUGGAAGCGCUCUUGGUAGCUCACAUGGCAGUUCACAUCUACAUUCGAAUGGAAUGUAUGGAGGAGGAUGUGGACCGGCAGGUUUUCCCACUGAUGCUUACGGCAAUCCUCCACGGUCAAAUGGUAUGUAUGCCACCACUUCUUCCGCAUAUUCUGAACCCAUAAGAACGGAGUUCCAGUGGGGCACUCCACACCGUACUCCGGAGGGCAGUCCUCGGCGAAGAGCUUUAAAUGACGAUGUUGUGGAAAAUUGCUCGAAUGAUAUUUUGGGUAUGGCUCUAGGUAGAGUAUCUCAAGAAAGCGAGGAUGAUAAUCGAAGGCAGUAUAGUGGAAAUGGGAAUCUUGGGGAGCAUGUAUCUCAUUCACUUAGACACAAGCAGCACUCUCUUCCGACACAUGUGUAUCAUCAUCGGCCGACUUCACCGUCUUUAAGUCGUACCAGCAGCGAACUUAGUCAUUAAUGGGGUGCACACCGAUAUGCUUAAGGAGUGAAUUGGGUACAGAUAGUCCUAAGCAAACAACGCGGAGAGCCUUUCUAGGCCUGGGUGAGCUUGGUGGUUAAAGCAAUAAUGUGCUUUUGUAUAUGAUUUGCUACUUUUGCAUAAUAGCUGCGCUGCGGAGUAGAGUGGUUGGAUUAGAUUGGUUGGAGUAACGUUGAGAAGCAGUUAUGCAAGGACGAUAGUGACAAUUUAGACAGUUGCCCAUCUUUCCACACUUGGAAUAGUUCUUGGCCUCCAUCAUGUGGAGUGAGUCAUGCAGCAGUCGAGGAGCUGGCUGAGUAGUCUUCAAAAGCUUACGGAGAGGUUUUUAUUCAAAUUCUCCCUCUUUGAUGCAGUAAGACACAAAUGGUGCAACCAAAGGUGAUCUGAUAGGAGCCCGAAAAGAAGGGCGUCAGUUUAGGGAAAGGUUGAUAGGAUGACCGUCGGCAAUCAUACUAUGUCUGGGUUCGUCAUGACCCAUGAUGAAGUUGCCACAGGCUAAGGAGAGUUUCCUUUGUAGAUCAUAUUGUAAAACUGGAGCAGUCGAUAAUUUAAAGUGCUGCCAGCAAUGGACGGAUAUAAUUGAGUUUCGUUCUAGAAAGUGGACUCAGCCUCCGUAGUCAGCCUGCAUGGCCUGUGCGCGAUGCUUGAGUAUGCCUAGUUCUCGACGAAGCCGGAGCUCAUCGACUCCCAACUCUGGCUCUUCAAACACCGAGUUAGAUCGUAAAGGAAUCCUCGUAAGUGAGAAGCCAAGGAACAGCUGGAAACUGUUGUUUCAUCACUGUUGUCGCUAUUUAUGAUCUACACUUUGGAUUGUUGAUUUAU